AGAGGGAAGAUUGCGAAUACCUUUCCCUGCAUGUUGAAAUAAGUCACUCAGACGUAGCCUGUCCUCACCCUCCCUGCAGUGCCCCUGGACCCUGGGCUUUCCCAGAGGCCUCCGACUUCCCGCCUGUUGACCGUCUCGCUCAGGUGUUUCCAGAAAGCAGGCCGCCCACCUCUAGUUGCUCCAUCCCUUGGCUUGCCCCUGCUCUCCAUCUAGCCUAACUGGUUUGAGUCAGCCACACCCCUUGCCCAGUUCCUGGGGCUCUUCAGAUGGUGGCUGGCCACCCAGCCCCACCCCUGGGCUUGGCUUGGCGCCCUGAGUCAGCUCCAUCUCCACCCAAGCCAAAUCAAACCCGAGGCAGGAGCCGAAACUCUCAGUCUCUCAAGGCCUGUAGCCAGGUGAUGGAGGACGAGGAGAAGGCAGCGGAGCGCUUGGUGAGCCACGUGGAAGCUGCUGCUCCUCCGUCUCCCGCCCGCUGCUGCUGGCUCCGCCUCCGCUGCCUGGCAGCUGCUAGCAUUAUCUGUGGCUGCUCUUGCCUGGGAGUCAUGGCUCUUGUGUUUGCCAUCAAGGCAGAAGAGCGGCAUAAGGCAGGCCGGUCCGAGGAGGCGGCCCACUGGGGGGCUCGGGCCCGGAGGCUCGUCCUGGCCAGCUUCACUGUCUGGCUUGCUGUGCUCAUUCUGGCCCCUCUGCUGCUGUGGCUGCUUUCCUACGCCAUCGCUCAGGCUGAAUGACUUCCUGGAUCCUGCAAUGCGGCAUUGCUAAGGUCCGGGGACAGCAGUGGUCCUUCCUGCUUGGGAAGAUGGUACCUGGAUGAAGGGCGCCCUUCUAAAAGUUGGGCACCCAGCUGAGCCCCUUGAGGCAAGGUCAGCGAGCCCUGCCACCUUCCAUCUCUGACCCUACCCCACCCUGGAGGCAUUCACCCGGAAAGGGCUUGAAGACCAGCCCUGAUUUUAUUAGAAUUUGUUUUUUAAUAAAAACCUUUUUUUAGUGGUGAAAUACUCCUGUCUAAUUGUCCUUCCCUGCUUUCCCCGGACCCUUGAUGAGAGC